CCAGUGGGCUUUCACAUCUGCAUGACCAUGAUCCAGAUAAGCUGCAUCGUAUAUAUGUUCCUGCUCGUCUCCAUCACUGGAGCUGUUGAGAGCAACAUCGUGGCUGGGAGGGUUGCAAAGCCCCAUUCCAGACCCUACAUGGCAUCACUCCAAUUUAAUGGAGCACAUAUAUGCGGUGGGAUACUUAUUAGAGAGGACUUUGUUCUGACUGCUGCACACUGCAAAGAUCCUCAAGAAAUGAUGGUGGUGCUUGGAGGCCACAACAUUAGUGCAACAGAAAAAACUCAGCAACGGAUUGAAGUGGCCAGAUACCACCAGCAUCCAAAGUUCACGGGACAAUAUGAAUAUGACAUCAUGUUACUUCAGCUGAAAAAAAUGGCCAAGCUCAAUAAGUAUGUGAAGACUAUUGGAAUACCCAACAAAAAUGGAAAAACUCCUGCAAACAUCAACUGUGCUGUAGCUGGAUGGGGAAGAACUAGAGAAAACAUGCCUCCUUCAGAUGUUCUGAGGGAAACUACAGAGAAAAUACAAUUCAACUUUGAGUGUAAAAACAUCUGGGGCAUAUAUUUUAACAGUGAACAUAUGAUGUGCACCAAGUUCGACAGAAAGAAGGGGGGAGUGUGUCAGGGUGAUUCUGGUGGACCACUUAUAUGCAACAAGAAGGUUGAAGGUAUCACAGCUUACACCAAGGAAGAUGACUGUUCUAAUCCACGUUAUCCUCACGUCUUCACCAAAGUGAAUUACUUCAGUUCUUGGAUCAAGAAAGUCAUGAAGCCAUCAGUGAAUGUUGCAUGAGUGUUUACUGACUGCUCGGUCAGUAAACACUCAUGCAACAUUCUGGCUGGCUGGGGUGUGAUGGUCAAGGUGGCGUCCAGCCUCCUUUGCUUGGCUGAGAAGGAGUCUGAGGUUCAUCCAAGCUCCUCUUUCUCUGGUG